AUGUGCGUUCAUAGGCGUGUGAUUUUCACCUGCGGGCACUACAUGUGGCAAGACCUCUUGCUGCCAUGCCCUACCGAGAGGGCGUUUGACCGCGGCGAGAGAUUCGAGGCGUGCGACAUCAUGUGGUCCCAUCCCUAUAGCACGGUCAAGGUGGAGACGGGCUGCCGACGCUGC